AUGACUGCAUUAGCGGGACUUCCUCUUCCAGGAAUCUACACCACAGCGUUUGAUCUGGCCCAGCCCGAGGGCGGGAAGAUUACAAUGUCGGCGUUGAAUAAGAUUCUAAGCGUCAGUGGUCUUCCUCAUGCCACUAUUGACAAGAUCAUGAAUAUUGUGGUCGCACCCACGCGAUCAAGAAUCACAAAAGGAGAAUGCAGUGUUACACUGGCCUUAGUAGCCAUGGCUCAGAAAAACAUGGACCUUACCAUCGAGAACUUGGCGAUGCACCGGGAAGAUAUCUAUGCAACAUCAUCAUCAUUACCCCGACACCAUCGUCCAAUUCAUGUCGGAACUAAUGUGGCAGAUCCUUGGAGAAAUAUGUCUUUUGUCUCCAUAUCUCCAAAGGGUAAUGGAGGAUACCCGCCAGCACCAUCUUAUCUAGCCUCACCUCCACUUCAUUCGCUUGAACCUGAACCUCAAACCACAUUAGAUCCAGAAGUGACAAGGAAGGAAAUGUACCAAUGGUUCUUGAAUGUUGAUACUAUUAGGAUUAGCUUUGCACCAGAAAAAGAAGGCAUAUUUCUAUUCAGGCACACCAAUUAUAUUGUCGAAUCGAAGAACCGCCAAACGACGGUCGUAAGACGGUACAGCGAUUUUUGGUGGAUGCUAGAAGUCCUGUCCAAGAGAUUCCCAUUCAGGAUUUUGCCCAAUCUCCCACCUAAGAGAUUAGGAGUAGCUGAUGAGGCCUUCUUGGAGCGGAGACUACGUGGGCUCACGAGAUUUAUGAACGCACUAGUCAGACAUCCAGUCCUGAGGAAUGACCCACUUGUUGUGUCCUUCUUGACAGAGCCGGUGGAAUUGGCAUUAUGGAGGAAGGAAGUGGUGAUUUCAACAGAGGACGAGUUUACGACACGACUCCCUAUCUCUCCAGCACUCGCAGAGCAAAUCCCUCUGGCAUUGGAUCUGGAACUAGAAACCAUCAAGAAGCGGCUACCUGCUUCAAUAGAAUACUACCGCAGCAUGGUACAUGUGUUUGACCGUAUUCAAAAGAGAACGGAGGCCAAUGCGGCCGACUAUACCCGGCUCAGUCUUGCUCUGAAUGCGUUAGCGGAUUGUGAGAGGAAAUGUCAUAUUGAUGAUUGUUAUAAUUGUGGGCAAUUAAGUCAAGGCUACAACAAGAUUGGUUCUCAUUUUAGUCAAACAUCUGGGCUGUUGGAGGAACAGGCACAUGCUACACAGCGUGGAAUGGUAGAAAAUCUGAAGAGACAUCGUGACUUGCUGGUCUCUGUCCAAGAAUUGCUACAGCGGCGGGACUAUUCAAAAGAGGGUAGUCUUUCAGAGGUUUUGAGGAAGAGGAUUGCCUCAAACGAAAACAAGCUCAACCCAUCAGCUGUAGGUGAUUCUGUGGGACUGUACGACGCACAAAUCGAAAGGGUUACCAACAACAUCAACUCUGAUCGCGCUGAGCUUGAGAUCCAAAACCAAAGAGCAAUUUUGUUACAGCACACACUUUGGAUGGAGAUCACGUAUUAUCAUAAGUGCCACGCACAGAUCGCAACAAUGUAUCAGGCAUUUGUUCAUGGUCAAAUGAAGACCUGCCAAAGUCUGUACGAUAAUUGGAAGGCGCUCUCACCAACUGUGCAUGAUCUACCUAUGGAAGUCAAUGGGUUCAACUAG